CCAUCACCGUCGUCGCUACCGUUUCGUGGCUUUCAUACGCUUUCUUCUCGCUCUGCCAGCGGAUAUCUGCCGCCAAUACUACUGCCAGUUCUACCUCUCGACACGUUCAUAAAAAGUGCACUAGGAUUGAACUUUAUAAUGAUUUUCAAUCCCCUCGUCGCUCUGGUGCUUGCGGUCCUGCCGGCUCAUAUAUUCGCUCAAGAUAUUGUAUAUGACUCCAUACACAACAAGACUGUCAUUACCGGUACAUGGGCGACGGGGAGCAAAGCUGUCCAGACAGGCUCGGGUUUCGCCAUUCCGUCGAAUGCGUCUUUUAUCUAUCCAUCCGUGACUGGGAUGUCCUUCUCAUUUGCUGACAAUAUGUGGUUUGAGGUCGCACGAUAUCGCUUUAACUCUAAUGCUACCAAUCCGGGAUGUAUCACUGGUGUCGUUGGAUGGUUCCACGGCACUUAUGACCUCGUAGCCAACGGCUCCAUUAUCCUAACACCCAAUGGUGAUGGAUACCAGCAGAUCCAAGAUCCAUGUGCCGCCACCUCCAACUUUGUUGAGAAUUACAAUGAUACCGAGCUCUAUCAGAGUUGGCGGAUAUUUGAGGACACCACGGAUGGCUUUAAAUUACAUCUGUUCGAGUUUGACGGCUCGCCUCUGCCGCCUAUGUUCCAAGUAUCAACGACGCCCCAGAUGCUUCCUACUGAGAAGCUACGGGAUACGACAGAGUCUACGACCACAUCAUCGAGGAAACGGUCGUUGCUGCGCCGGAGUACAAAUGCCGGUGUUUCGAGUACCGUAUGUCUCGCAUUGACGGUGGGAGCGUCGGCGAUGAGCCUACUUGCGUUGGUACUAUAGAUGAUGUGGGAUACGUGGAUAUCGAGGUAUUGACUGCACCGACUACCCCUCCACCGCAUCACUUCGCAUUGUUAGGACUUUGGACCAUUAUCACGCUCCGAGUUGCCUCGUUCGCAUUUCUUGUUGUCGUAUAUACAAUAACUCGGAUACCCCUGCCAUUUUUAUCUGCCUACAAUGGGCCCCUUGCAUUCCGCUCUUUUGAAUUCUCACUGCAAGCAGUCUUAUUGUUGUUAAUCGUAGUUUAUGUUUUU